AUACAGCAGCAGUGGCGUUGGAAGAGAGAGAGACACAGACACACCCAACGGCCUUGCCUCUCGUGCUCUGCGUAAAUGCAAGGGACUAAUUCGACGCUAAUGUAAUACGGUGUUGCGGCUGUGUGUCCGCCUGGUGUGUGUUCAGUGUUCAAUUUUCUAACCGAACACGAAGGAGCAGGUGGUCCUCUGUCGCGACACCUGCAGCAGCAGCAGCAGGCAACUGGAGAGCAGAGUUACGCUGAUCCCUUGCUCCAGCGGAGAGAAACGCCUGGCUCGUCACUCGGCGCCAUGGGUUGCACUGUACCUCGACGAACAUUUGCAGCCACUCUGGCUCUCACAGCCCUGGCUACUGCACAGGAAGAACAAACGGGGUUGGGGUCGAGGGAAUGCCCGCUGGAUAUAUCAGUCUUGUGGACUGCUGAGGUGGACUCGCCAGUGUACAGCACGCCGGUCAUCCUUCCGUCUUCUGCCGGUGGGCACAAACAGAUUGUCCUCGCCACGCUGCGCAACGUGGAGCUGAUCGAUGGCGACGGCUCGGUGCCUUACCCUUGGCCGAUAGAGAUGGACGACCACGAAAACUCAGCGUUCUUGGCGUCUCCUGCCCUACACGACGUGGACGGCGAUGGUGUGCAGGACGUUUGCGUCGCGGACACGAUGGGGUGGAUUCGCUGGCUCACCCUCGGAGACGGAGGUCCCUAUCUUCCGGAUUACCGCCAGUACCUGCCGCCCAGAAUCUUGAAGAAUGUGGAAGAGACCGAGGACAGCGGGGAUGCCGAUGCGGGUCUGCGGUCGCCCGGCAGGCGGCGGCGUCUUCUUGACGACAACGAGGCUCAGGAACAGCAACCCGCGAGCCUCAACCAAGGCGGUGAUUCCGCCGCGCUAGGCAACGGCCAGGUCGAGCACCAGUGGACGGGGGAUAGCUUCGAGGGAGGCAUUUUUCAGGGGGGCUUGGACUCGGCUCUGGACGGCGAGAGUGCCUACGACACCGCGGCGGCGUACGCUGAGGCUAUGCGGCGGUGGGGGGAGUACGGCACGGGACCCUUACCCAACGAUGACGGCAUCGGUUGGUGGGCGAACUACGGAGAUGACUUCGAUCUAAUCGGCCUGGAAGAAGGUGAAGGCUUCGGGAAGCAGCAGGCCGGGAAAGUUGUCGAGAUCCAGCCGCAUAUCUCCGCUGCUCCCGUGUUAUUGGAUGCUGAGGAGGGCCAGGGGAAGCGGAUGAUCGUGACUGGCAGCUACUUCAAGAGCAAACGACGGUAUUGGGGAACCGGCACGCCCGCCGGCGCAGCGGAGAAGGUGGUCGCCGGUUCUCUGGCGUGCUGGGAUUUCGAGGACUCCAAGUGGCUGUGGAUUCAUGAUCUCGGCGAGACAAUCUCAGGCGAGAAGAAGAGGGGGGCUCCCGUGGACGCGUCCCCUACCGUGGGAGACCUCGACGGGGACGGGAAGCUUGAGGUGAUCGUGGGGACAGCUCGUGGAGGGCUCCAUGUCGUGGAUGCUAGCAGCGGCUUGGCGCGAGAGGGAUUCCCGUUGACCUACGAACCAAUCAGAGGACAGGUGGUGGUUGCCGACGUUCAUGGGGAUGAGCGGCUGGAGAUGUUGCUCGCGGAUUCCUCCGGAGCCGUGGUGUGCGUCAAGCACGACGGCAAGGAGUGCUGGAAUACGGUGCUUUCGGGUUCAACAACCUCGAUGCUGACGCUGGGCGACGUGGACGGCGACGGUGCCCUGGAUGUUGUAGCUGGCGUUACGACUGCCGAGGGCUCUGCGGAAGUGUGGGCGCUCAGCGCCGAGAGCGGGCUGCCUCUGCCCAACUAUCCGGUUGCGCUCCGCAACCGGAAGGGCAUCAGCGCCCCCAUCACGCCGGUCGAUUUGCACCAACGAUCCGCCGGAAGCAUGAGCGGGGAGGCCGCUGCCGACGCAUCCAUCCAGGCCAAGCGAAGAGGAAACGUUGCGCCAAUCGGGGGAUGGGGUGCGGGUUUGCAUCUCCUUGCUCCGUCAGAUGACGGCCACGUGUACGUCAUCGAGGGGGCGACGGCAUGCGUGAACAAGAUCGACCUAGGGGAGCGCGUGCGGAGCAUGGUUCUGGCGGAUGAUGUCGACGGCGACGGGACCCUUGACCUUAUCGUGGGCACCAUGAGCGGCGAAGUGGUGGCGCUGUCGGCGAACGUGCCGUACCACCCGCUGAACGCCUGGACUUCUCAAGUGCGGGGCCCCACCAAUGGUUUCACGCACGGAGGCUACCAGGGGGUUUUCUUCGUGGGGGCGGCGUCGGACUACGGCGAGAUGGUUGGUCGGCAUUUCGCUCUGACGUUUGAGAUCGUCGACAGAUCCACGAGGACUGCAACGCCGUUUCAGGUAAUCAUCUUCGCCGGGACGGAAGAGAUAUUCCGGCGAGACAACAUGUACGAGGGUACCCACGUGGCGACGGUUUCACUGGAAGCCCCGAGACGAGUUCUGCUUCGCAUCGAGAUGACGAACAUGGCCCAAAGGCUGGUGUUCGAGGACCAUGUGUUUGUGGGCUACAACACCAAGUUCCACGUAGCGCUGAAGUGGAUGACUGCAAUGCCAAUGGUGCUCGCGUCGCUGCCGUUUUUGUGGCCCGACCGGGGGUUCCGGGGCACCCGCCGGGGGCUACCUGGGUGACCGCCAAGUAGAUGAGCUGUGGGCCAAAUAAGCUCAAUGACGGCGACCUAAGUGCGGGAUCACACGGAGAGCAAUGAACCUUGUGUUUCCUGGAGAAUUUGCGUUUGAAGAGCCGUUGUUUUCAACUACUGUGGCUACCCAAAGAGGCGGUGGCGUUGGUUUUUGAGUCGAAGAUGGUGCAUACCCCUAACCUGCUCUUGCUUCCCACCAGGGACCGGCGGAGCUGUGGGCAGUCCAUCCCUUCCGAACAAGGCCUUGAAGAAGACAGCAUGCGCUCUCUUGUGGCCCCACCCGUGUCCAGGUCGAGGAUAACCUACAGCAGUGCAGGAACGAUUAUUCCAUGUUUAGGCGUCGCCAUAGCAGGGGCAAGAGAUGGUAUGGGCGGGUUUGUGGUGAACGUGAGCGGAAGGAGGAGGUCCUACGCAGUAGUCGGGAUGGACAAAAUACUUCUUUCUGCGUACGAAAGACGCGUUCGUCUGAAAACAGGGGUGAGGGCGAGGGAGCGAGGUACGUCUGGGGACAAUGCAGGGGACAGGUAACGGUUUGGAGGGUAGCUGGCUGAGGAUGGAAGGUCGCGCGAAGGGGUUGGAAAUACCGGAAAGCUCCGUGUCGUUGUAUGCACCAGGAGAAAAAUGUCAAUCUUCAUUUGUGCCCGCGCCAAAUACAGGAACGUCAUCUAUUCAUGAGCCGCCAUGGCGGCUGGCUCUGGAAUUAUACAACGUGCCCCAUUCACGAAUUUCCAGCUUGGAAACCCCUGGAUAGAUGACGGCGAUUCAUUUCCACAUGUGUGUCCACUAACUAACUACACAAUUGAAAAUGACUUCGCACUGCAAUAAUAGUCUACAUACACUAUCAAACACGUGAAUGUUGAUCCUACAUCUACGAUAUCCGAUCUAUUGAAAAGCAGCCGCUAGGCUACUGUGCUGCCUCUUUGACCGAAGCACUCUGGAUAGGGUUCAUAUACAAUGAUCUGCACCAGCAGCAGCAAGCAGCUCUGAGGGUCCCGCAAACGAUCUUUGUUUCCGCAGGGGGGGUACGGCAAGACUGGUGGGAAAACCCCGCCGUUGUUCCGCCCCUCCAUUCUAUUCCCUCCCGCAGGAAGCUCCCAACCAUGAAUAUGCCGAACGCGCAGGAAGAAGAGCCGCUGGUCGUCGGCCGAGCAGGUAUCGCAGAACCUUCAAGGCCAAGGGGAAUUGUUUCCGGUGAUGGUACUGCGGCCAGAAGCAGGACGAACGACAACCAGACUCGACGAGGAGAUCCCUGACACCUCGACAUACUGGGUCGAGACGCUAGCUGAGCCAAUGGCACUCGUCCGACCACUCGUGUAUGUGGGAAUGGACAAUGGUGAGUUGCUCAAUGCACCGGCGUUGUAUUGUGCGACAAUCUGUUCCAUGCCUACUCUAGACUUUUGCUUCAAAGAAUCAUUCUGAUUGGGAUACAUGUAGCACCCGCCCUCGAGAGAGCUCGCACCAGGUGCCUGGCGCGGACCUGUUGACAUCCAACUUGCAUGUUGCUCCCAUUGAGUCCGAACACGAUUUCGUAGCUCGAAUGCGGGGCUGUCGGGUGGACGGAUGCGCCUACCAAGGAGAGAUGUUGUGGUGUUGAGUUGUUCAUUGUAGUGCCAACCCCCACAAGGAUGUUCGGAACGCUCCCCAAAAACGAGGUACCAUUGAAUAACGGGUGUAGACCUAUCGACCAACCGGCAAUGCUUCCUCUCGCGCCUUCCGUCGCAUGCGUCGGUGGUGGAGGAAUAUUUCCAAGGCGGUAAGGGCAGACGCGGUAGCUGCGCAGGAACAGGCGGCAUCUGCGAGGGAAGCGGCCGCUGCGAGGGAACAGACUCGAGAAGCUGCGACUGAGCUGACGGCAUCCAGGACAGACGCUGCAGCUGCAAGGAAAGCAGCAGACGCUGCGAGGGAACGGGCUCAGGAGCCGGAACGUGCGCUGACGGCUUCAAGAGCAGAGACAGCGGCUGCUAGGGAGCGGUGUGUGGCUGAAAGAUAAGACGCCGUUGUGGCAAAAGAACGGGCCGAGGAAGAACGGAGGGAAUGGGCCGCGGCCAGGGAAGAC